AUGGCUCCCCCUAGCAUCACAGUCCGCCUUACUAGGGAUGCCGAUGCCGAGAUAACUGCCCCAGUCCUGCCAUACUGUGGGCAGAACUACUGGGACCUGAAGCAACAGCAUCUCCAGCAUGGAGGCCUCUUCAUUGAUCCUUUCUUUAAACCCUGUCCUGAAUCGAUUGGAUACAACGAGCUUGGGCCUGGCUCAGAGGCAACCCAGGGGCUGAUUUGGAAGAGGCCCAAGGAAAUCUGCAGAUACCCCAAGUUUAUCUGUGAAGGAAUGAGCCGGACAGAUGUCUGCCAGGGGGGGCUGAGUGACUGCUGGUUCCUGGCUGCAGCUGCCUCCCUCACCUUGUACCCACAGCUGAUGGGGAGGGUGGUUCCUCAGGACCAAAAUUUUGAUGGCGAGGAUUAUGUCGGCAUCUUCCAUUUCCAGUUCUGGCAAUACGGCCAGUGGGUGGACGUGGUGGUGGAUGACCUGCUGCCCACUGUGAAUGGAGAACUGCUUUUUGUGAAAUCUGCAGAAAAUAAUGAGUUCUGGAUGCCCUUGCUGGAGAAAGCGUACGCCAAAUUGAAUGGCUCCUAUGAGGCUUUGAACAACGGAUACAUGAACGAGGCCUUUGUGGACUUUACUGGUGGAAUUGGGGAAACGAUCCCCCUGAAGACACCUAACCCAGAGCUCUUCAGGACCAUUAAGCAGGCAGUGAGGAAGCGCUCUAUGGUGGGAGCAUACAUCCAGGUUAAAGACCCUAAAGAGACGGAAAUGAAAACCCCAGAGGGAUUGGUGAAGAACCACGCAUACUCCAUCAUAGGGGUCCACAAGGUGGAGGGCAAGAAGGUGAAGCUACUCCGGCUACGGAACCCCUGGGGCGAGGUGGAGUGGAAAGGCCAGUGGAGUGACCAUUCACCAGCGUGGUCAUAUCUGGAUCCUGCCCUCCAGAACAAGUUGUGCGUGAGCAAGGAGGAUGGGGAGUUUUGGAUGGACCUUGUUGAUUUUCAGCGUUACUUCGAUGUCCUGGAAAUCUGCCACUUGAGUGUGGAGGCGCUGCAGGAGGAGAGGGUUCCCUCAUCUUGGAAUGUCAGCUGCAUCCAAGGAAGCUGGGUCAAAGGUUACACAGCUGGAGGACGCCAGCCCUUCAGCCCUUGGGAUACCUUCUGGAUGAACCCCCAAUAUCAUGUUUCGCUGCGGGAACCGGAUGAGGCCCAGCUGAAGAGGCAAAAGAGAAAGGAGCAUCAAAGCCAAGAUCCUACCUGCAGCCUCCUUGUCUCCCUGAUGCAGAAGGACCGGCGCAGGGACAGACGGAGAGGAUUCCUUCUCAUCUGCUUUGACAUCUUCCAGGUAGACACGUGUGGCCUCUUAGGAGCUGGACGUGAGAUCGGUUGGGACAUCAACGGGCGCCUUCAGCUGCCACCUGGGGAUUACUUGAUCAUCCCCAGCACCCAAAACCCACUGGAGGAAGCUGAGUUCACCCUCCGCAUCUUCACUGAAAAGGAGCAUCAGUUCUUUAUGGUGGUGGGGCGUGCCAUCAAGUCAUAA